CAACCAAUGGCGUUGGACAUCCUUCUGAAUAAUAAAGAACUGGAAGAAAGAAAAAAAAACAUGCACGCUUGAAAAGCGCUCAGGAGGAGGAAGCAGUGGGGGGAAAUCUAAGCACCUAAAAGAGGUUGAACAUCAUCGCUGCUUCAGUUUUAGCCCACAUAACAACGGGGGGGGAUUACGAAAUCAGGUUUACCGACUACACCGUGAGCUCGUGUUGCAUCUUUUUUUUGUUUUUUAAUUGCAACACCGAUAAAGAUAUACACAGAUGGACAACCUAAGCCCCUCUGAAGAGAAGCCUGUCCAGCGCUCCAAGUCUUUGAGCUUUAAGCCUCAGAGAGAGACCUGCGCGUCCUGCGAGAAGACCGUGUAUCCGAUGGAGAGACUGGUGGCCAACAACCUGAUCUUCCAUGCGACAUGCUUCUGCUGCAAGCACUGCAACACCAAGCUCAGUCUGGGCACGUAUGCGGCGCUGCAAGGCGAGUUUUACUGCAAGCCGCACUUCCAGCAGCUGUUCAAGAGCAAAGGGAACUACGACGAGGGCUUUGGACGCAAGCAGCACAAAGAGCUCUGGGCCUCCAAAGACGCUGAGAGCAUCACCAAAUCACCGUGAUGACCUCUCCAUCUUCUUACUGAUCUCCAGCGCUUUCUCACCCCUCACCGACUGAAUCUUGAUUCUCUGUCUAAAGUCUGCCUGCCCUGCCCCACACGCACACACACACACACACAUCAAUUCACUCUCUCACAUGCAUGAACCACAAACACAAUGGGGCAGGCAUCUCACAGCUCUCGAGCAUUUUUUUUUAAAACUUCUGCCCUUUAGCUUUUAGUAAAUGAUUUUUAAAAACUUUUAUUUUAUUUUAUUUUUUUGCCUGUGUGAUUUCCUCCACAGUAAUUAACUCGCUGAUUGUGACCAAAACCCUUACCCUUUUUGUUUAUUUUUAUUUUUAUCUUGUAUCAUUUUAUCAUUCUUUUGUCAGGUACACAUGCUGGCACAUUGAAAGGUCCUUUACCUGAACCACUUACACGAGUACAAAGUUUCAGGAUGUACACUCAGGUAGCGAUUCUGGAGUGUGUGAUCCAUUCCUUCUGUCUUUGACGAGCAUUCCGUCAAUUUAGGUUUGUUUUUUUGUUUUUUUUUUUUCCUAGGAGGGAGUUAGGCGUCCACUUUGCCUUUUAAAAUUUUUUGUUUUAUUUAUAUCCGCAGGGUAUUAUAUCUGUGAAAGUACAGGGUAUAUGGUACUGUAUGCAUCUCUGCUGAACAAAGCUCACAACGUUCACACACUCCUUUUCUUUGUCAUAUACGCACACAUCCAAUAGAGAGAAACUAGAUUUACUCUUACAGAAAAGUACAAAAAUCUAAUGUGUAAAUCUAAUUUCAUACAACAGAAGUCUUAAAGGGUGCUUUCACACCUCUUAGUCCGUUUUAUGAAGUCUGAAACCGAGGGAAAUUCGUACUUUUGGUUCGUUUUCUGUUUGAUUUGGUUUGGUGCAUGAAAAAGCUUUGAGUAGGGCUCAAACCCGAAAUCGUAAAACUCCUCCAUGUUGUUCUGUACGUUGAAUAGAUAGCACCGAGCAAGUGCUCAAUACAUGAUCAGAUGAUUUGUAUAUAAAUAACUAUUUUAUCCAACGUUUAUUUUCUUUCUUUGUCAGCCAGUCGAAAUCUUCAGAACAGAACCGAACCGAAACGAACGGAGCGCUGGGAUUUGACUCACUUUGUGUCUCGUGGCUCAGUUUAGCAGCUCGCAUCACAUAGGGGGAAAAAAACCAACUCGACCCAUGACACACGACACGUUUGAUUCACUGGGUCGAGUCGAGUCGCUUUCUCUCUGCAACCGAACCUUGCUUAGACACUCUCGGACCUGAGCGUGAUGACUGUGUUUUCACCUGAGAGGAAAACACACCAGGGUUCCCUCCGAACGGACGAAACUAAAGCAGACGUGAAAGUACUUUAGAGACCUCUCUGUGGUUCAGCUCAUUCACUAUACCACUUGAUUAAUUCCUGUUCAGACAUCAUUUUGAACUCAGUUUCACUUGCACAGUCAAGUUUCCUUACCUUAUGACUGAAUUCCCAAAACAUAAGAAAAAAAAAAACUGCUAUUGGGCCUGUAAUGUUUUUACUGCUUUUAGAGUUUCUGGUUUUAAAUUCUCCUGUGUUUUUACUUAAUAGGCAUCUGACCAUCCAGCAUCUGUAAGUUUCUACACAGUCACUGAAUGGUACAUGAAUUUACUUCAUUGCACAGUGAAUGUACUGUAGUUUGCUGAAGUGGAACCAAAGCCACUGAGCAGCAAGGCUUGUGUUAGCCGCAAUGAAUGUUGCAGCGCGUCGCACCAUUACCUUCCCCCUCCUGCGCCACUUCCUGUCUUCAUAUUGUUCUGUCUGCUUCCUGUGAGCUGCUUUGUGGCUCUUUGACAGGAUUCACUCGGGUCUUCUCUAGCACUAGCUAGCGACUGCUCACCGUUGCUCAGGAAUGUGCACGGGUCAACAAUCGGACUGUUUCGUCCAUCGUCCUCAUCUCCUUACUGUAACAAUGGCCACGUCGGCUCAGCCUUCCUUGGUGUGCUCAGGAGGCUGUGUCUUAUGACCUUUUGUGUAUAUAACCUCGAAAAAGUCCUGUAAUGUUGUUUAGUCCGUUAAAACACCACCUUGUUUCACGAAUGUGGCUGAAAGGCUGAAAUGGAGAGGCUUAUUUUUCUGAGGCUCAAAUUAUUUCCAUUGUUUGUGUUUCCGGAUUAAAUUCACUGUCUGCAGUCCUGUAACUGGUGAACACCUCCAAUAUACAAGUCUAACAUUUAACCUUGCUGUGUAAGUUGAAGUCUCCCAGCCUUUUGCAACACAAUACAAUCAACAUCUCCCACUAUUAUCUCGAGUUCAGGGUCUUGGCAUUUGGAGGGAAUUACUAUCUUGUUUUCAGGGCCUUGGUGUAUGGAGAGUUUGCAGUAUCUCCCAGUACUAUCUCGUGUUCAGGUCCUUGACGUUUAGAGGCAAUUUGCAACAUCUCCCAGUACUAUCUUCUGUUCAGGGUCUUGGCAUGUAGAGGGAAUUUGCAAUAUCUCCCAGUACUAUCUCACGUUUACAGCCCUGGUGUUUAAAGGGAAUUUACUACUUCUCCCAAUACAGGGCCCGGGCAUAAUAGUAGCAAUGACGGAAAGCCCCAUCUGGUGGUGGGAGAGGAUAUGGCAAGUCAGCUUUAAGAACGCGUGAGUAGCUUUUCUGUUUGUUUCUAUCUGUAUGUUUUCUCUGAUCAUCAGCUUUGAUGUUUUGUAUUCAAUGCAGUCAUUAGAUCGCUCGAUUUUUAACUGUUUUUCUUGGAAAGUACUUACAAAGCCAUUGAGAGUUUGAGCAAAUGCCUCUUACCAGUGGAAUUCCACAGAAACCCCUUUCUUGUCGCACAUGUUUUAAGAUUACUGUGAAACUGAAGGCGCUGUGAGUUUUAAAAUGUAUCAAAAACUCUUGCCGUGAGGCAAAACAAUAUUUUCUUAAGUGUUAAAAUAAGAAUAAAAGAAUAAAAAAAAACCUGUAUCCAUUUCAAAUCUUUACCCAAAGCUUCCUCCUUCGAGUGUUCAGAUUUCUAUCUGCGUUUUUGACCCUGAUGUUUAUUUCAUAAGUAGAGUUCAUAUUUUCACAGGGCUAAAAGGUACAAAACCACACAAUAUCAAAGUAUCUGUUUACCUCUUUCUAUUUUCAGUGACUAUGGGAAAUGGGGAGAAAGGGUACAAAAUGUUGUCUUUUGCCUGAUCGUAGUUGUGUCUGUGGAUGUUUCUUUAGAUGUAUGCCUUAUUUAAAGUAAUACUAAAAGCAUUUUAGCAUGUGCUGUGUGAGUGGAGACGUGUGUGAAUACAAAACUGAGUAUUCGGAGUCUUAACUUCAGAUCGGUGGAAUGAAAAUGGUGGCCUUAAAAUGGCAGGAAGUUAAGUUGUUUUGUUGUUGUUGUUUGUUUUUUUUUUAUUAUUAUUUUUCCCCCCCUUUGCAUCUUUAUUAUUCCCAAAGUGUCUGUUCAGGUCUUGAUUCCUUUUCUUCACCUGCUUAAUAGCGCACACCUGAACUCUUGAAGCAUUUUAAAAUGGCAUUAUAAACUGUGAGGUCUUAUUUUUUAGCCUUCUUCAUCAUGCUGUACUCCCUUUCUUUCUCUUUUUUUUAUUUCUCAUUUUUGUACAUGCUUUUGAAGAAAAUAAAAACAUGCUGGUGU